GAGAGUACAACUAACAGCCUGCUGGAUACAUUCUCAGAGUUGCUAUGUCAUCAAUCCAUGAUCCUGGCCAUGAACUCCAGCUUUGUGGAUCCCUUACUGCAGUUUGAGUCUCAAUUGGGGAUAAUAGAGUCAUCCUUUAAAAUGGCAUUUUCUAUACCAAGUCUUGACAAGGUGAAAAUGAUGGGGAAGAAUGAUGAGGAUAUUGAGGACCUGGAGAAUUUAUAUCAAAGUAUUUUAAACAUAUAUGAAGAUACCAUUCUGAUCUUAGUGUCUAAAGACCUCUACAAACUACAGAUUUUAAAGGAAAUGACCAAGUGGAUGAAUGAAGAUAAUUUGUACCUGCAAGAGGGAGUAAUGGUGAUCAUCAGCAGAGUGUUAAUCUUUGCAUCCAGGAAGGUCAGGGGACUUACAAGUGUUGAUGCUCCGUGUUUAGGUAUCCUGGCAGCAGAGCUUUCUCUUUUGUGUUCCCAUAAGGAUUCCUUAAUCGCACAACAAGCAUCCUUGGGACUGUAUCACCUCCUUUGCAUUGCAAAAUGUCAAAAUGCAGCCAUUGUAAUCACUACAACUAUGAAGAAUUUUAGGCAUGGAAGUCAUAACUUCAUGACUUUCUCUGAAAGAGACUCACUACCAAACACCUUACAUCAAGACAAAGUGAAACUCACUCAGAGUGUAGGACAAAUCUUACUGCCCUCCUUGCUAACUGACUUUGUGUGGAGUCUCCUGAAGAAGCUCUCUGAACCUGAUUAUACAACAGCAUCUGAGGCAGCAGCCAUACUGAACCUGACUCUAGAAUAUUAUGCCCAGAAGGUCACCAUGGUGUCUAAGAUUGUAGAUUCUAUUUAUAAGCAACUAUGUGAAAAUUCUUCUCACAUCAUGAAACAGGCUAUGUUGCGGGUCAUCACCUUGUUGACAUGCGCUUCACCCAGGAAGGUCAUUUUUCAACUCAUGGACUACCCAGUCCCAGCAGACAACACUCUGAAACUGAUGUGGGAAGCAGCGGGCUCUGAAGCAAGUGUUGCCCCUUAUGUGCUGAAGACCAUCUUGUUGAUACUGAAAGGAAAGCCUGGGGAGAUGGAGGAGACCACGUUGGAAAAAAGGCAGUUCUCUCUAGAUGCCACCAACAUGAUGCCUGUGGCGGCAUCCCAGGCCUUGUGCAUAUUUCUGUCUGUGAGUUCUUAUAAGAAAGCUGUCGCCCAGUUUUUUCCCCAGCUCCUGAUGGCCCUCAUGCUUCAACUCUUCUACAGCAGUCAGCUGAGAGUGCUGCCCGGGGACAGCCCUCUCUAUGCCCGGGAUGCCCUAAGAGUUCUGCUGAAUUGCUCUGGACUACAGGAUGUGGAUACUGCUCUACAGAAAAAGAAUUGCUGGAACCAGUUUUCCCAAGCCCUGUAUCACCAUCAUGGGGUUUACCUCAUUGCCAAAACACUCAGUGAUUGUAACUUUCCACAGUUUCCAGAGACCUUAUAUUAUCUCUAUAAGAUGUCAGUGGAAGGUCCCAGAAGGUCAGAAGACAGUAUCAUCACCAUAAUAUUCCUCACUGAAAUUCUGAAUAACUUCUUCAAGGACCCAUUCCCAGAAGAAUUUUUGGUCCUCUUCAGAAACUGGGUCAAUGAUUCUAAUCCUGAAGUUAGCAAAUUGAGCCUUCAGAAAAUCGCCAACAUGUCACCAGUUAUCAAUGAAAUAGAAAAUUCCUGCAGCUUAUUAAUAUCCAUCCUGGAUGCCUUCCUUUCCAAAGAGAAGACUGUUGUAAUUAGAGCCUUACUCACUCUCAGAAGGCUUUUAAGCAGACUGGACAAGAUGACCUACUCUUCACUGUGUACCAGAAUCGCUUCCAGCUACUGUCCUCUGAUGGAUCAUAGUAACAGAGGCAUUCGGAGCAUGGCCAUCCGACACUUUGGUGAAUUACUUAGGGACAUGAGUCAAUACACAUGGAUGCUGAACCAUACAGUCCUAGGAGGCUUGGUGCCCUUGAUCUUAUUUCUAGAGGACAAGGAGAUAAUAGUAGUAAAAGCAUGUAAAUAUACAUUAGAAAUCUGUGCCUCACAACUAAAGUGGUCAACAUCAUAUUUGCUCAAGGAUGAAAAUUACAAUUUUGAAUUGGUGGUGCUCAACAUCUGUAACAACCUUCUUGCUUUUCAUGAGAGCUUCAUUACAGAUUUAAUAUCUGACACCUUAGGAUUCCUGAGGAGCUCCCAAGCAUACCUGAGGAGAGGAGCAGUUAUUUUAAUAG